AACACUGGGAAAACAAGCGUGGUUUUCAACAAGCUUUCGUUGCUUUCGUUUUCUGUCAUUCGUAGUUUUUUUCUUUUUCAAUCGUACACACAGUCUGCUGAGUUACAAAUACCACAGGACUGCGUACAUCGUUGGAGGGUGCUCGAACUUUCGCGAGUGCACUGCUUCUGGCUCGCUUGAAUUUGAAUAUCCUUUAUUCCGUAAGAACGUGAUACCCUCGUCGCAUUACAAUGAGCCACAGAGCACCUUUCAGACCCCACAGGUACAAAGACAGAUAUAAGGAAAGUGAACAAGAUCAAGAUUCAAGCAAACAGCAGCCUAUCAAGCCGGUGGUAAUCUUAGCCAAGCAUCAUGACAGGUCGUCAUCUGCUGCACCAUUGGGAGAUGGAGGAUCAUCUGCUGCAGGGCUGGAGGGAUCUGCAAAGGCACCCCAGCUGCUCAUCAAAGGAGCUUCAAGGGCAUCCUCACCAGCUGCUGCUGGUUCAUCAUCAAAAGAUGAUUCCUCUGGGACAGUAGCGUCAUCUCAGCCAAGGGCAGCACAAAAAGUGCCGAGCACUGAGACUCUUGAAGAACGCCUUGCACUUCCACCCGACAUGGCUGCUCCCGUGAAACUUGUUGAUGACUCAUUGCAGUGGUGCGACAAUGCACUAGAGUAUCUGGUUGACCAGCCUGAUUUCUACGUAAUCGGCGUAAUAGGAUUGCAAGGUGCUGGGAAAUCCACUCUAAUGUCUAUACUGGCUGGAGGGUGUGGUAAAGGAGGUGACCGGCAUUUGUUUGUGCCACAAAGUAGAGAGCUGCGUGAACUCGGGCAGCAUUGCACUAGCGGAAUUGAUAUCUACGUGACCGCACAGAGGACCAUCCUCUUGGACACCCAGCCGGUUUUAAGUGGUUCAGCAAUGGAUCACAUGAUCCAGUUUGAGAAGAAAACACCUGGUGGAGGAGACUUCCACUCCCUGGAAAAUGCUCAUAUGAUGCAAUCCUUGCAGACUGCAUCGUUCCUUAUGGCAGUGUGCCACACAAUUGUGGUGGUUCAGGACUGGUUUGCUGACAUAAACUUUCUCAGAUUCGUUCUUACUGCUGAAAUGCUGAAGCCCGCUACAUCGACAACAUCCCAUGAGUUGGGUGUGUCUAAUGAGAAUGCAGCAGAAAGUUACCCACAUAUCGUCUUUGUGCAAAACAAAUGCACACCUGGGGACUUUUCACCAGAGAAUAUUCAGCAGAUGCAGGGCAUCUUGAAGGCAAUCUUUGGAAAGUCUAAGCUGAAGUAUAAAGGUUCUGUCAAUCCAGAUUCAGUUACAGAAAGGAAAGAAAGUGCAGUCAACCUUUUCCUCUUACCAAAGAAGCUGACCGAGCGAGACGAAAAAAAUAGAAAAGAGAACAAGCUUCCCGGUUUUCAAGAUGGAGAGCAGUUGGACCGGUUAAGCAUGCAGUUACUGUCACAAAUACAGUGCAUGCCCAAGCCCCACCUGAGCCAGGGCUCACUCACAGAGAAAAAUUGAUGGCGCUCUCGGAACAGGAGAAAUACCUGCACGUGUACCCCAUACGUGCGAAGUGCCUUUUCGAGGGUUUUCUGGUUGAGCACAACCAGCUGCAUAGUGUAAGUGACCAUGUGUGACUACUGUUAUGGAAGAUGUUCCCAAAAUGUGACGAAGCGAAGCGCCCCUGGUGUGGACAGACGAAGACCACUGCCAUCAUCGGUAGAAUCGCUGCGGCCGCACAAAAUGCAGUGUUAGAGAGCCUGAGACGACGCGUCUUUGUAAUUGCAAUUGACGGAAGGGACAAUAGCGAGUCGCAGCCCCACCCGCAGUAGAGUGGCAGUGCUAUUUCAAGUGGACAACCCCCCCUGGUCGCGCUGCGGGCAGUCUCCCAAAUUUUGAGUUCGUCAGGUGGCAGAUAUGCAUGUGGUUUUGGAUGCAUCUGCAAUUUAGACUAUUUAGAUUAUAUUUGCCAUUUUUGCAGAGUCCACAACCACAUCAACACCGUCCUCAUGUGCAUUGGCAAUGUGUGAAAAAAAUCAACGAUA